AUGCAGUCAGCAGACCCGGAACACUUCUUUGAGACCGAUGCCGCUCUCAAUAAAAAAGAGCGCCGUGCCGCAAAAGCCGGAAACAAAUAUGGCAGCCCGAUCGUCCUCAAGUCCAAGAUCCUAGCCGCCAUCCCGGACCCGCGGUCUCCUUCAUCCGCCGUCCUAGUCGCCGAGUCGGCUGGUGCUGUGCGGUUGGUAAACCUAGAUGACCCCACAGACACCAAAACAACCUACCGCGGCCCCACAGCGCCCAUCAGCGCCGUGGCCAUCGGCGGCGGGCCUAACUCGGCCACACUGUUCGCCGGCUCGUGGGACAGGGCGGUCUGGUCGUGGGAUCUGGCCACCAAAGCGCCGCGGCACAAAUACGCCGCCGGCGGCCACACAGACUUUGUCAAGGCCCUCGUGUGCGCCACGGUGGGGGGUCAGGACGUGCUGAUCAGCGGCGGCGCGGACAAGAAGAUUCUGGUAUGGGAUAUUGCGACGGGCCGUCGGCUGCACACGCUUCAGGAUGUGGUUGUGAAUAUGCUUAGUGUGCAGGCGUUGGCUGUCGACUAUGCGGCGUCGACACCGGAUGAGGCGGUGCUUUUCAGCGCCAGCAGUGACCCGCAUAUCCGCCGGUGGAAGAUCCGGCUGGACGGGUGGGAGCAGGUUGAUGUCGGGGGGCAGGAUAUCGACGGCACGGACCGCCGGACGAUUUUGGAGCACGAGACGACCGUGUACAAGCUGGUGGUUGCGGGGGAUGGCAAUCAAGGAGAUGAGGAGGACGCAGACCUGUGGACGGCCAGCGGCGAUGGCACCGCCAAGUGUCUCGCGCGGGCUAGACAGUUCGCCUGCGAGGACACCUUCCAACACGGCGACCACGUACGCGCCUUGGCGGUGACGGACCAGUGGGUGAUCACGGCCGGGCGCGAUGAGGACAUUAAGAUCUGGGACAAGGCCUCGGGGAAGCUGUAUUGCGCGCUGGUCGGCCACUACGACGAGGUCACCGAACUGGUCAUUCUUAGGAGUCGAGGUGACAAAGGUGGCAAUGGCAGCAGCGGCCUGAGCGGCGGGUGGUCUUCUUCCGGCGACCGGGUCUGCAGCGUGAGCAUUGACGGGACUGUCCGGACGUGGCCGCUGGAGAAGGCCGGGCUGGAUGCUGUGAUCAAGGAGCAGCAGAAGCCCGUGCAGGAAGAGCAGAAGGAGACCACAGGUGAUAAUCUACUCAGCGCGGAGGAGGAAGCUGAGCUCGCCGAGCUCAUGGGCGACGACGAAUAA